AUGGAGGAAGUCGGUAUUCCACACAUCCCCAGAUUUACCAGCGGCUAUCUAAAUGGCUCGAGCUGGCUGGUUCAUACUAUCGACCAGACAACGGGCUUCCGAGCUUCCUCUGAAUCGGCCUUCUUAAGACCCUUUCUCACCCGCCCCAACCUGGCGGUCUACAAAAACACGCUGGCUGAGAAAAUUGUGGGAAAAGUAGCCACGGGAGUCCAAGUGACAUCGGAAGGCCAUACCUUCUUAUUAGCAGCGUCAAAAGAAGUCAUUGUGUCCGCAGACCUUGACAGCCUUCCGUCGGAUUGGCCCGAGAUCCAAUAUUUUAACCUUCCUGCUUAUGUGGGUGAUUUCUGGAAUCCUGGUGUUGGCGGGCCCACGGAUGGGAACUACGCCACCAUUAUGGCAACUCUGAUCGCCCCUAAGUGUCGUGGAAAUGUCUCUAUUUCAUCUUCCAGCAUGCACGAUCAACCGCUGAUCAACCCAAAUUGGUUGACCCAACAGGUCGAUGUGGAACUUCUCACGGCGGGAUUCAAGCGACUGCGCCAGAUCUUCCAAGCCUCGGUCCUGCAAGAGAACCUGACGAUUGGGCCGGAGUAUUACCCGGGAGACAAAGUGUCUACCGAAGAACAGAUCCAUCAUUUCAUUCAAGACGCCUUUCAAACGAUGUAUCACGCUGCAGUGACAUGCAAGAUGAGAAAACCCGAUGACGAGAUGGCUGUUGUGGAUAGCCAUGGCCUUGUAUACGGAACUAAGCGCUUGCGAGUAGUUGACGCCUCUGUGUUCCCUUUCCUCCCGCCCAAUCUCCCACAAGGAACAAUUUACGAAUUGAACUUUGAUUGA